AUGACGAAGCCAGACACGCCCUACCAACGCCUGACUGCUGCGGCAGCCCAGGUAACGAUUGAUGCAACGUAUGACGACCUUGUCGUGCAGACCGACGUACAAGGCUUACGCGAACUGGUCGAGCGAAAUCGUGACGUUUUGGUAAAUGCACGCACACACUUGGGGCCGGAGUGCUGCGUUCCGCUGGUGAACGAGCGUGACUUCUUUGCCAAUAACAGUAACAACAUCGUCUACCUUCGCGAUCUAGGCAGGCUGUUUCGCGCCGAAGGGAUCUUGGCUGGUUUCGAGAAACGUUAUGAAGAUGCCGCUCAGGUGGGUCUCGAUCUGCUGCAGCUGAGCAAUGCCACCAGCCGGGGCGGCCUGAAGGUAGAUCACAUGACCAGUUGGAUGAUCACGCUGCAAGGAAUUGAUGUCAUCCGUCGUUGGCGCACGGCGUACGAAGCGACGUUUUGCUCGCGAUUGUUGGCUGCGGUUUUAACGCUGGAUGCCCAGCGCGAUUCGUGGGAAGUGGUCGUGCAGCGCGAUCGCGAAUGGGAAAUUGCCGUCGACUAUGAAGAGGAACCGAUCGAUUGGUCCGAAGCCGAACUUUCGGACGAAGACAAAGCGAAGAUGUCAGCAGAGGAAAUCGCCGACUACGAAGCGAUGAUCGAAGAUGCCCAGAACAUGUCGGACGACGAGCGCGUCGAAAUGAACGACUUGUGCGAAAACCGACACAUCUGCGUGAUGCGAUUGCUGAUGGUCGAUUUAGCCAUUCGCGUCUAUCAGGGAAUGACCGAGAGCUAUCCGGAAACACUGGAACAAUUGGUGCCAGGCGUGCUGGAAACGGUUCCACUCGAUCCCUUCACGCAGGACGAUUUCAUCUACCAGCCGAUGUUGAUUGUGCCGCGUCGAGCCGAUGACUUUCUGCUUUACAGCCCCGGGCCAAGUCAGCAAGAUCAUGGAGCGACGUUCGGCCCCUUCCCUGCCGUUGCGGCUGGA